UCCUUCCUAAUUCAAGUCUAUAAAACUGGAGCACUUGGGCUAUUCCUUGUUACUCGUGUUUUAAAUUCGAUUACGAUACGUUCGCGAUUGCGAAAAAGCGUGCAAGAAUCAGAGUAUUAAAUAAAGGAUAGAUAUGAUACUAGUGAUAGUGCUGAGUGCGGUAGUGGCAGUAAUUGCUGCACCGGAAGGAUACCAUUAUGAUCCGCCAUCCAUUAGUAGUACUUUGUAUUUCCCUUCGGUGCCCAGCUACACACCUGAAGUUGAUGAUUGUGAACCUGAAGCUCAUGGACAAGUGCUGUUGAAACAAGAACUUCCAACUUAUUCACAAGUGACACAAACUUCAAACGUGUUCCAAGUUCCUGUGAAGAGUACCAUUGUACAACCGUUGAGAACACAAGUUACAUACGAGAAGCAGCAGGCAUCUUCCGGAUUAUGGAAUUCCAAAGAACAGCAAUCCUGGGGAUGGGCUGGACAGGGAUCUCUAAGCAAUUCAUAUUCUUCAGGAUCUGCUGUAUUUGGUAGUGGAAGUCAGGCUCAAAACACCGUUUAUGUGCAGCCCCAACCAGCGGUGGAAGAAGUUUACAAGCAUGUUUACGUUCACGUCCCUCCAGAAGAUAAGGAAGAAUACGUCGCACCACGUGUCAUCCAGCCUGUUUCACACAAGCAGAAGCACUAUAAGAUCAUUUUCAUCAAGGCACCAACCCCACCGGCCCCCAAGUCCGUUGUUGUCCCGCCGCAACCUUCAUCUGAAGAGAAGACCAUCGUCUACGUGCUGCACCAGAAACCAGAACAACAACAAGAAGUCAUCGUUCAGAAGCCAGAACCUGCCAAGCAAAACAAACCUGAAGUCUAUUUCAUUAAAUAUAAGAACCGCAAGGAAGAGCUGAAGCAAGUAAAAUAUGUUGCUCCGAUUGUUGCUCAAACUUCUAGUGCCAAAUCAGUAAAAAUUGUCGAUAGUGGAUUCUCUGGAUAUAGUUCAGGAAAUUCUGAGUCCGGCUAUUCGUAUGUGAGCAGCACAUCGGCUCCAAUUUCUUACAACACCGCCAGUGCUAAGGACACUGGCGCCAGCUACUCCUACGUCAGCAGUACCCCCGCUCCAGCUGUUGAAUAUGUCGAAUCAUCUGGUUCCAGCGGUGGCAAUGAAUAUCAAUACACCAGCGCAGGAAACACCGGCUCCAGUUACAGCUCAUUCACCAAUGGUGCUGGUGCAGGAUACGAAAGUUACGUCGAUCUCGGAAACAGUGGAUACUCCAGCUUUUCAAGUGGAUCAAGCCUUGGAGUCAUCAACGUUGGUUCCAACCAAGACUACCAAUUUGUGCCAAGUACUACCGUAGCCCCAUUAGUGAAAAUUACUAACCCGGUUGCAUCAUAUGUAAGCACUACUCCACAAAGCAUCAUUAGCAGCACCUUAGGUUCUGUCGGUGAAGUCUCAGUGAAAAAUUCCGGCCUCAGUGGUUACUCUAACCUCGGCCAAGUCAGUACAACAACUGUUGCACCAGUGAAGAAGGUCUGUCGCCGAUGCUCCAGCACUACCAGCUCUUCGCUCAAAGUACAAGAUGCGUACGUUUCCAACGUUUAUUAAGGAAGCAUUUAGUAAUCAUUUUUCUAGUAAGUUGAUUCGAUAAAUCGUCUAGGUAAUAAAGAAGCCACGUAGUUACAUAA